UCAACCUUAGCCUUCAGCACUCACGUCUGACUCUGAGGCAUAUUUAGCGAGUGUGACGUGAAAGCCUGUUACCUGCGAGCGUUUAUUGUAAAACUGAGGGUGUGUUCUUUUUCAUCUCCCACAAUCACCUUGUUUACACAACGGCUGAGGUGCUCGAGAAACACAACGGGCAUGUUUUACUUAUUGUCAAGUUGAAGACGAGGCUAGGUGUUAGUCGAUAGUCGAUGCAUCUCCUGAAAAAAAGAAAUAACAAGUUAGGGUGAAAUGUGUUUUCUGUUUUGGAUAGUGUUGUACAGAAGCUUUUAACCACUGAGAAGAUUUAGAUGGUGAUUUUGAUAUGUGUGGCUUAACUGUAUAGUACUUUUGAUGUUUUCCAUCUUGGUGUCAAUGAUUUUUCUUCUGGACCCCUGUCCUUCCCUCAUGAUCUCGACACUGAACCCUGAAAGAAGGCUCCAUGUUGCAUUAGCUCAGAGAUAUAUAACUGUGUGUGUGUGGGUGUGGGAACUAUAGUGGUGGACCUUGACUGGCUGAACAGACCCAAAAUCAAUAGAACUAAUCCCCCCUACUUUUCUAGUCAGUUUGGGCUGCCCCCAGCAAGGCCCCACAUUCCAGAGGCCUACACAUUUUUAAAGUGGGAUUUUAUUUUUCCUGAUGCUCCAGGGCUGAUUUUUUUUUUUUUUUUUUUGGCCAACUGUGAUUUUCUCAGAGAAAACUAUUUCUCAAGUACACGAGAAUCUCACCUGAUCCAAAAUGGCAGCUAGAAUAUCACUUAAUGUCUGCAAGGUUCCUGCUCUGUUUUCUUUUUUUUCCCAGUGGUUUUUGGAGGCCUUGCUUACCAGUCAAGUAAAAUUUACUUUAAUGGUAUACUUGCUUAUUAAUGUUUAUUUGUUUUUCCCCUAUCUCUCCUUGUUUUUGCAGGCCAUCAGAUCUUGAGAGUAGAGGUUGGAGAAGACAAGGCUGAGCAUUACGCAACCUGGGAGUGCCGCUCCUUAUUUUGGAACUGAAUUCUUCUUUUGCUUCCAACAAAAGUGACUCUUUUGGAACCGAUAUAGUUUUUUAAAAAAAAUCCAGAACUGUGAUUGAGUGCUUUUGUGAUAUGAGGGUUUGUGUGGAGGAACAGGUUGGAAUUGGACUUCCUAGCAUCUCUGUAUCUUCGGAGAAGGCUGCUGUGAUUCUGGGAGUCGGAAUGGAGGCAAGAGCGGCUUCUUCUUUGACAAAAUUCAGAAAUCAGAUGUUAUCGUUUGGUUAUGAGGCACAUGAGAGAAGAAACUCAGACCCACUGAUGUUUUGUUCAUGUUCACAUAGUCUACAUCCAGCAGAGGAUUGCUGUGACUCUAAAUCAUCUGAACAGAUACGUAUGGACUGUGGUACAAGAAGCCCUUUGGACAGCAGAUCCAAGAGCUUGGACAGUCUGGACUAUUUACACAAAGACUGCUGUUGCAGCACAGUGUCAUGCCGCCGGGUGGAGGGAUUGUGUUGCAGCCAGCCGUGCAGCACAUGUGGGCCAGUGGAAACAGACGGUUGCUGCCAAGAGGCCGCCGUACAUAGUGGAGGCUGGGAAUCAGGGUUUCCGAGGAGAACAGAGGGGUUUUCUUCUGCUGCGACGCGGCUUGCUGGAGAGUCGCCAAGCCUAGAUGAGGAAAGGCUCGGCACCAGGAGAAUCAGCUUAGCGACGCUGUUCUUGUCACGCUUCCACUGCACGUGUGCCUAUGGUGCAAGGCUGGAAGCAGGAACGCAGGGCCAGGUGAAUUUUAAUUCUGCUCAUUGCCACAACAGAGUCUUCUCGAGCCUGGAGAGGCUCAACAAGAGAUCCAAAGUCAGGUGCUCGAGGAUGCCCUGCCAGGCUUCCACAACCUCAAAGCCUUCCUUAACUCACCAACACAGCGAUGGCGAGGCUACAGCUUCCGAUAGUGAGUUCACUCACAAGAAGGAGCGGUCCACUGUCCUGGUCCGGAGGUACCUCAAGAACAACCAGAAGGUCUUGAAGAAGGUGUGCACCGGCACCAGAGCGAUUGUGAGGACUGGUCAUAUAUCAGACCGAGCAUGGCAGGCUGCUUAUGGAAGAAGAUGUCGUCUGAGCAAGGCCUAUACCUUUGUAGACACGGAAUACAGCAGAGUGCUCCAUGCCAUCCAGCUCCAGGUCUCCAGAGCUCUUCUCUCCUAUUCAGGGGUCAGACUGGAGCAGCUCCAGUAUGCUUUUCCUGCUCUGAAUGCUGAGGUUCACCUCCUACACCCCUCCAGGAAGCUGCUGGCUCGGGCGGUAGCAUGGCUACCAACCUGUGUGCAGCACACUGAACACCGCGUCUGCUCCUGUCGGACUAGAUUAGCAGCCCACUUGAGCGGAGCCCUGAUGGAGGCCACGGCUGCCAUCACCACCAGCCCACCCAUGUUCAAAGAACGGCAGCUGUGUGGCUCCACGGCCAGCUCCGGCUCGCUCUCGUCUGGCGUGAUGGGGAUCAGUAAGGAGCUGGCUGACCUGCGGCAGCUCAUCCAGUUCCCGGAAGAGAUUGCCAGCAUCCUGACAGAGCAGGAGCAGCAGCUGUACCGUCGUGUGCUCCCACUCGACUACCUGUGCUUCCUCACACGCGACCUGGCCAGCCCCGAGUGCCACAAGAGCCACCCACAUCUCAAGGCCUCGCUAUCAGCGCCUGUCAUGCCUACCCAGAGUUCCCAGCACAAUGUGGUAGAGGACCUAGUCGCUCGCUUCAAUGAGGUCAGUUCGUGGGUGACCUGGCUUAUCCUGACUGCUGGCUCGAUGGAGGAGAAGAGAGAAGUCUUUUCAUACCUUGUUCAUAUAGCCAAAUGCUGCUGGAAUAUGGGCAACUACAAUGCAGUGAUGGAGUUCUUGGCAGGUCUUAGAUCUCGCAAAGUGUUGAAGAUGUGGCAGUUCAUGGACCAAGCAGACAUCGAGACCAUGCGAGGCCUGAAGGACGCCAUGGCCCAGCACGAGUCCUCGUCAGAAUACAAGAAGGUGGUGAAUCGCGCCCUGAACAUCCCCGGUUGUAAAGUAGUGCCCUUUUGUGGAGUGUUCCUCAAGGAGCUUAGCGAGGCUCUCGACGGAGCGGCGAGCUUGAUUGGGCUGCGUCCUGCUUUCGAUUCUCAGGAGGACUCGAUCGAGUUUGUGUCGGAUUACAACGGGCAGCAGCACUUCCUGCAGAGAGCGGGAGCUGAUGGGCUGCACAACUCUGAGAAGGAGGCCACCGUCAGCAACAUCCUGCAAACCAUCCGCAGCUGCAAUCGCAGCCUGGAGGCCGACGAGCCAGAGGACGCCUUCAGAGACAGGAGCAAGAACCAAUUUCUAGUCGGGGACCUUUCCGAUUCUGAAGGAGAUUUGACCGAGCAGCCACGAGAGUCGGACUUUCAGAGCCCGGAGGAACCUGAAGGCGCUUUCAGUCAUGGCACAGAGGUGGUCCCCUGGUACAUCCUCUCACUAUCUGCCGAUAUGCAUCGCUUCCUGCUGCAGGGCGCCACCGUCAUUCACUACGAGCAGGAGAGCCAUCUCACAGCCCGCUGCCUGCUGCGCCUGCAGCCUGACAACUGCACCCUGACAUGGAUCAAACCCCCGAGCAGCCGGAGCAGGGGCGUCGUACCCGAUUCUCUCCUCCAGGGUCAGGCGGUUGUGUGUGGACUCGCCGAAGGAAUCCUCGACUUGAGCGCCGUCAAGGCCGUGUUCAUGGGCCAUCCGGGGGUCGAUAUCAAUGUAGUGCGUCUUCAGCACAAGCUGUGUGGUCUGAGUGCUGAGGAGAACGGAGUCACGCUGCUCUACGGGCUACACACCACCGACAACAGGCUGCUGCACUUUGUGGCGCCAUGGCACACCGCAUCCGUGCUGUACGAGGGCCUGCGGGAGCUGAUUAGUGGCAUCAGGAAGAUGAAGAGGUUCCCAGACCAGAGGUUGCAGUGGCUCCGUAGGCAGUAUGUCAGCCUCUAUCAGGAGGAUGGUAGAUUUGAAGGACCAACGCUGGCUCAGGCCAUUGAGCUGUUCGGGGGUCGGCGCUGGAACAUGGGUUCAGGCAGUAGAAGCACGGAGAAGACCACCGCUCAGAAGAACAGCCCACUGGGCAUCAGCUCCAAUGUCAAGAAGAAGAAGAAAGCGCUCGUGAGGGGGGACAGCGGGGACGGAACCGAUGACGAGAUGGUCUCACGCAAGACAAAAAGCUGCAAGGAAGUUCUGAGCAGGAGGUCUUCAGAUCCGGUAGACAGCGUGGAGCAGGAGGAGAAUGACGACUCCAGCUCUUUUGGAACCCCUGGAUCGUCCUUCUCCUCUAGCACCAAAACCCAGUCCCCUGGAAGCUCCUCCUUCUCCUCCCCCUUUUGCUCAUCUUCUGUAAACAGCUCCACCCCCAUCCGGCCACAUUCCUCCCCCGUGCUCCCCUGCACCUCCAAAGGCCAACCUGGGGCAUGGAGCAGCAGAAGUUGGCAUGGGCGGGGAAAAGGCUGCUUCCGUGGUUUCCAGAACCUCAUGAUCUCGGAUAGCAUCAUGAGCUUCGUCGAGUUUGUGGAGCUCUUCAAGUCAUUCAGUAUCCGUAGUCGGAAGGAUAUAAAGGAACUGUUUGACACGUAUGCUGUGCCCUGCACCCGCUCAGGCCCGGAUUCGGUGCCUCUUUACACCACGCUGAGAAUCGACGACAAAAUAACAGGGCUUCAGCCCGACCUAGACCUGCUGACCCGCAACGGCUCCGACCUCGGCCUGUUCAUCCGCACCCGCCAGCAGAUGUCCGAAAACCAGAAGCAGAUUUCCGACGCCAUCGCCGCUGCUAGCAUCGUGAGCAACGGUACAGGCGUCGAACACUCUUCCCUGGGUGUGCUGGGCCUUGCCAUCCCACAGCUCAAUGACUUCCUGGUCAACUGCCAGCGCGAGCACCUGACCUACGACGAGAUCCUGACCAUCAUCCAGAAAUUCGAGCCUUCCUCGAGCAUGCGCCAGAUGGGCUGGAUGUCCUUUGAGGGCUUUGCCAGGUUCCUCAUGGACAAGGACAACUUUGCCUCCAAAAACGAAGAGUCUCAAGUGAACUCGGACGAGCUGCAGUACCCGCUUUCAUACUACUACAUCGAAUCAUCCCACAACACGUACCUCACCGGCCACCAGCUGAAAGGAGAGUCCUCGGUGGAGCUGUACAGUCAGGUGCUGUUGCAGGGAUGCAGGAGUGUCGAGCUAGACUGCUGGGAUGGCGAUGAUGGCAUGCCGGUUAUUUACCAUGGGCACACUCUAACCACUAAAAUCCCCUUCAAGGACGUGGUGGAAGCCAUCAAUCGCUCUGCUUUCGUGAACUCCGAGAUGCCCGUGAUCCUCUCCAUCGAGAACCACUGCUCUCUGCCUCAGCAGCGCAAAAUGGCCGAGAUCUUCAAGGUGGUGUUCGGAGACAAGCUGGUAACCAAGUUUCUCUUUGAGAGUGAUUUCUCUGAUGACCCACUGCUCCCCUCACCUUGGCAGCUAAGGGGCAAGAUCUUACUCAAGAACAAGAAGCUAAAGGCACAUCAGGCCCCUGUGGACAUCCUAAAACAAAAGGCACUUCAGCUAGCACACAUGCAAGCGCAAGCCAAUAACUGCACCGUCGCCACUGGUUCUCUUGGCAACAACGAAGAGGAAGAAGAGGAGGAAGACGAGUACGACUACGACUAUGAGUCACUGUCUGAUGCUGAUGUCCUCAAUGCUUCCACUGCCUCUUAUAGCCAGGAAGAUAACAUCCUGGAUGACAAGCCAGAGGGGAAGUCGUCGACCGAGAAGCUUCAGUACGAGUCCAACGACGAGAUGCCAAAGAGGAUUAAGAAAGCAGGGAGUAAAGGAAAGAUGUUUGACAUGGAGCUGGGGGAGGAGUUCUACCUGCCACAGAACGAGAAAGAAAGUAGGCAGAUCGCACAGGAGCUCUCGGACCUCGUCAUCUACUGCCAAGCAAUCAAGUUCCCGGGCCUAUCCACCCACUCCCCAUCAUGCUCUAACAGAGGAAAGGAGCGCAAAAGCCGAAAAUCCAUCUUUGGCAACGCCCCAGUCCGUGGGAGCCCUGGCGAACCGGUGACGCUGGUGCGCGGCUCAGGGAAAGCCAGUAUGGAUGGCACAAGGUCAAGCUGGGAGGAGCAGACGAUGCCAGCGACAGGCACAACGCCCUCAUUGAGCGCCAUCAUCCGCACACCCAAGUGCUACCACAUCUCAUCGGUGAAUGAGAACGCUGCCAAGCGCCUGUGUCGUCGUUACUCCGCCAAACUGAUUGGGCACACAGAGCGCCAGCUGUUACGCACCUACCCUGCUGCCACACGCAUCGACUCUGCCAACCCCAACCCCCUCUGCUUCUGGCUGCAUGGCAUCCAACUCGUCGCCCUCAACUACCAGACCGACGAUCUGCCCAUGCAGCUGAACACUGCUCUGUUCGAGGUGAACGGUCACUGCGGCUUUGUCCUGAAGCCACCCGUGUUAUGGGAUCGCACCUGCUAUCUGUACCAUCAGUUCAGCCCACUGGAGCGAGACCUGGAGCACAUGAGCCCUACUGUCUACUCACUUACUGUGGUAUCUGGGCAGAACGUGUGCCCGGGGAACAGCAAUGGCAGCCCGUGUGUGGAGGUGGAGGUGCUUAGCUUGCCGGCUGACGCUUGCCACUUCCGCACUAAGCCCAUCCACCGCAACACACUCAACCCCAUGUGGAGCGAGAGCUUCACCUUCCAGGUGCACUUCGAAGACCUGACAUUCCUACGUCUGGCUGUCGUGGAGAACAACAGCUCACAGGUCACGGCGCAGAGGAUCCUACCGCUGAAGGCGCUUAAACCCGGCUACAGACACCUGCAGCUGAGGAAUCAGCACAACGAGGCGUUGGAGGUCUCCACCCUCUUCCUGUUCAGCCGCAAGACAGAGGAGAGUCCUGAUGGAGGAGCACGACCGGCCACUGUGUUGUUUAGCUCGGAGGAGAGGCGAGCGGCGCAGCAGCACAAAGUGACGGUGCACGGCGCUCCAGGACCCGAACCUUUUACUGUGCUCGGCUUGAAAGAACACACCACAGCAAAGCAGCUACUUAACGUGCUGGUUCCAGAUGCCUCCGCUGACUACUUCCUGAUGGAAGAGAAGAUACCACUGUCAAAGGAAAAGUGCGACGCAAAGAAAGUUCCUCAGCAGCGUCCUCUAGCGUCCGACGAGAGGGUUCUCAAAGUGCUGCACAGCUGGCAGCCUGAGGAGGGCUACGUGGGCCACCUAUGCCUUAAAGCCAAGGAGGAGAAUUUGACUGAGAAAAACGACAAGAUGGAACGAGCGGUGGAAGCGAGCAGCGGAGGAGACGAGGACGUGUUCUUUGUCCAGGUUCACGAUGUUUCGCCCGAGCAGCCUCGCACGGUCAUUAAAGCACCACGCUACAGCACUGCACAGGACAUCAUUCAGCAGGCACUGAGCAAAGCCAAGUACUCAGUCAGCAUCCUGAGCAACCCCAACCCCAGCGAUUACGUGCUGAUGGAGGAGGUGGGCCGUGAAGCACCCGGGAAGAAGGUGUCUUCAGCUAAACCCGCUCAGCGUGUGCUGCCUGAUCACGAGUGUGUGUUCCAGGCCCAGAAUAAGUGGAAGGGCCCUGGCAAGUUCAUCCUCAAACUCAAGGAGCAGAUUGGGCGUGAGGAUAAGAGGAAGUGCGUGUCGUUUGCCAGUGAGCUUUGGAAGCUGACAGGCCGCAGUCGCAGCGUGACGAUGAACGGGCCCGGCUCGAGCGAGGCAGCACACAGCUCUGCUUUGGCGUUGGGACUGAAGGCCUGGGUGGCAGAGGCAUGUCUGGGUUUUGCCCCUCUCCCUCCUCCGCCCCCUUCUGCCUGGUCCUACCCCCUGCUGUGGAACUGGAAGCUGCACAAAUGAGCGUCGAGCCGCAGUGCUCUGACCUUUAGGCAACACGAUGGCCUCUCACACACUGAGUGAAGAGCAUCAUGGGACAGGUACCCUGUAAGCGGUUAGCUCCGGGCUGUGGAGCGUCACUGAGUGUAAGACACGGAACGGAGCCCACAGUGACUGAGCAGAACAUGGAGAGCAUGAGACGCAGCCAGCAGCAGGGUCAACACUGGUUCCUCACUUCCUUCAGGUCACUUCCGUCUCCAUCGUCGCUUUUUUUUUUCUUUCCUCGGCUGCUUUAGCGAGCAAGUGGCCACCGGAGUAGCUCACUCCUUUAUCGUGGAAGUUCUAUCUUUUGCAGUACUUGUCUUCGAGAAAACGCAUAUUAACGUACUGCGUGCUGUUAUUUUGCACAUUUUUUUAAAAAUUAGUUGGUUUCGGUCACAGCAUAUUCUUAUUUUAUUAAAAAAAAAAAAAAAAAGCAUUUUGUAAAAUAUUUAUUGAACUUUUUUGAAACUGACCCCCUGUAGUUGAAUAGGAAGAAAAGUAGCACACUCUAGCGUAACACUACCACCACGUAUAAUCUGUUUAAUAGGAAGGCUAAUUUAUUUAUUGUUUAAGUUGGUGUAAGAAGUAACGCGCCCUCGUUUGGAAGGUACAAUUUUCCUCUGUCUGUUUAUUUCAAACACCAACACAAAGGCACUACAGCUUUCGACUUCAGUCUCUGUAUGUAGUGCAAUUCGUUAUUAUUUUUGCUGGUUUGUUUAUUUCUCUCAACGAUCAUGUAAGAAAUCUUAAACGUGGUGCUUAAUUUUACAGCACUAGUAAAGUACAUCUGUUUUACUGUUUUGAGACUCUAAAUGUAUUUGCUUGUGGGAUCGGGGGGUAGGGUGGAAAGAUGACUUCCUGAAGGGUUUCCUCCCCGCGUUAUUUCUUGAUGAUGUUUGUAAAACAUUUUGCAUGUUGCACAAGUGUGUCUUUUGCACUCAAGUCCUUGUUUGUAAGUGUAUUUUCCACACAGUUUAAUUCAUUGACUUUGAAAUGUCCGUGACUACCUCUGGAGCCUCGACGUGUAACAUUGUUCUCUAGUCUAUCCAUGUCUUUAACCUGACUGCUUAUUAAAUGUUAAAGUGGGCCUGCCCUGCAUGAAGGUUGGAAACGUUUGCCUCUUGUCAGUUCUUUCCCCCCCCUCUCGUCUUGUCUUUAUUUAUUUAAAAGCAUAGCCCGGGUCGGCCGUGUAUUUCUUCUCUUGUACAUAUCACGGAUAUACGCUAGAACUAUUAAAGCCACGUUGUACCUAAUUUAUUCUGGGGGGUGUAAAUCUUGCCCAACUAGCUCGUACUGUAUGUGUAUAUUGUUUAUAGUUUUUGUAAUUAAGAAUUUAAAGUAUUCAGUGAUGCUUUGGUAUUUGGAGACACUAAUAUAUAUAUAUAUAUAUAUAUAUAUAUAUAUACACACACACACACACACACACACACGUGUACUUUCUUGUUUUUCUUCUCGAGUGUGUGUAGUGCAGCUUUGUUAGCACUGACUUUCAUUUAAUCAGUGAUCAAGUUGAUUUAUUGUGAUCAGUUAAAGUAAUGCCUGUGUAAUAGAUUUUAUUGUUCAGCACUUCUUUCUUUCUUUCUUUCUUUCUUUGUGUUAAUUUUGUGACUGUCUGACUGUUGUGGAGGAAAUAACAGUUGUUGUACAAUAAAAAACUAAAUCUUGUAGAAAAUGACUUUUUUUUUUCCCCACUUAACUUGCUUUAGAAGGCUGAUGGGAUACCCCUGAAUCAAGUUCAUGAAGCACUUUUUGCUGAAAGAAUCAGAAACGCUACACCUACAGCAACGCUGAGGGUUUUUUUCCCUCUCGCCGGGUUUUAUCAGGUUCAUUAAUAUUGCAUUGUAUUACAUAUUACUAUGUAAUUAUAUUACUUUUAAU